UUCAGCUAAAUGAAUUUAUCUGUUUAAUAUUCGUGUCGUUUGAUUGUAUAACUUACGAAUUUAUUCAGUGGAUGUUCUUAGUUAACUUCUCCACAAUACGCAAUUUAAGGUGGAGGGAUAUUGAAUAGUAAUUGGAAAUGUUUUUAUUAUCAUAAUUUAUAAGAAAGUGGGAUGGACGCGUACUGAAUGUAUUUUGUUAUUGGACAUUUUGAGAACUACGUGCAUAGCAAAAGCCUUUAUGGAGGCCUAAAAGCCACUGACAAACGAGAAGUCCAGUAAGAACAGAAGAUCAUGGCUGCCACUCAAGGUUAUUUCAGACGCUCGCUAUAAAGGGAACGGCGUGAGUGUGUGUGGUGAUUCUUCAGCGUAUCUAAACCACGUGACUGUCAACUGUCAGAACUGAAUAGAGAGAGAACGGAGCGACUAUUUUGUGGGGACUGUUCUAUCUCUUUAAACAUGAAGAGGACGAAGACCAAAUAAGACCUGGCCUUUGGUUUGAAUCCAUGACAGUCAAUACGAUUUAGUGAUAUACAGUAAACUUCAUUGGCUAUGUUUUGAUGUGAUAUGGAAGUUUUCAACGGAAAACAUGUGUCAACUGUUGAUGGCAUAACGAUGCGUCUCCCCCCUAACGGCGAACCCUCACUGGCCAAUGGAAUGUUCGAAGCUUUGAAGUUGAAAGCAGAACCUCAGCAUCAUCACGAUGGAAUAGAGUACAAUCAUUCAGUACCCACUGUUUCUGUCACACCAAAUCUUACAACAGGAUUACCAGCUGGUAUGUUCACAAUGGGAACUCCAACCAGUAUUGCUGAACAACUAUUGGUUGCUGUCCAAAACAUGAAUGGUGCUACCUCUGCUGACUCCAAUGAAGCCUCUAAAGGAGAGAGCUCAGCCAGUGCUUUACUUGCUGCUAAACUUGGUAGUAGUGGUAUUGGAAUACCUGGAUCUACUGCAACAAUCAACCCUACAUUUGGUGGUUCACCUCUUCGUGGAGUUGUGGGUCUAACAGGUCUUCCACAGAUGGUUCCAUUUGGUGGUAUGUCAGGACUUACAGGCUUCAAUAUAGUUAAUCAGCUAGUUUCAGCAGCCCAAGGUUUACAAGCCACAGUCUCAGCAAGCCCAACAACUACCCUUGCGAAUAAUGGAGUUAGCACAGUCAUGACCAGCGCAACUCCGGCAAGUGUCAGUGCUGCUGUCAGUGGUCAGCAUAAUGUUCAGCAGUUAUCUCAAGUAGCAAACCCAGGGUUGUCACAGCAGGUUGCCAUGACACCCCAGUUCAUCUUGGCAGCAGGGCAACCUAUUCAAGGUAUCCAAGGAGCUCAGUUGCUCAUUCCCACAUCCUCAGGUGUUGCUAUUCAGCAGUUGAUUACAAUUCCAGUGUCUCAGUAUGCUGGAAACCAGCUGGUGCAGAUGAUAGCAACCAAUGGACAAAUUUUUACAACAACCCUGGCAAAUCUACAGUCACUGUCCCAGCCAUAUCAGAUCCCAGGAAUUUCUCCAGCAAAUUCUGCAGGAGCCUCAAAUCUGCAACCACAGUCAAUGAUAACUGCAGGAAAUUUGACGAAUCCCAUACCUCAACUGCUGACUAAUGCAUCUGGGCAAGUUGUAGCUAUUGGGCCACAGGUUUUUACUCAGCCUGUCAUUCCACCAAAUCAGUCUACAGCUAACCUCAUCCAAAUGGCUCCACAGUUGGCAGCACAACUGCAACAACAACAGCUUAUCCAACAGCAACAACUACUCUCAGUACAGGAAGAGAAGCAAGUCUCACCACAAAAUAGUAAUCAGCCAAUUGCAUUGGUGUCCAAAUCACAGCCUUCAGCAAUUACCAUAACACCUAGUACACAAGCCUUGGGAAACCAACAGCCAACGUCUCAACUUUCAUUGAAUCAGGUUGCCAUGGUGACAGCUCAUCUAGCUGCUCAAGCAAAACAUAGUUCUUCUGUACAAACAAUGGCUCAACAUUUAUCUCCAACACAAGAUACCCCUCUCACUCAUGCAUCACAAGAAACUGUCAGAGGGGGAAUACCUUCACCAGUAGAUGGCACUCCAACUAUUGCCACACUUCAAGCUACAAGUAUGUUUUGUCACAAUACAGACACUAUCAAUAACCAAACAUCAAAUAUAGUUGAUGGAAUCAAUCUAGAAGAAAUCAAAGAGUUUGCCAAAGCUUUCAAAAUUCGACGUUUAUCUCUUGGCUUGACACAAACUCAAGUCGGACAAGCUCUAAGUGCAACAGAAGGUCCUUCCUAUAGCCAAAGUGCCAUCUGUAGAUUUGAAAAACUAGACAUAACCCCAAAGAGUGCUCAAAAAAUCAAACCUGUUCUUGAGAGAUGGAUGAAAGAGGCAGAAGAAAGGUAUAAAAAUGGAGAUCAUAAUUUGACUGAGUUCAUUGGAAGUGAGCCAAGUAAGAAAAGGAAGAGAAGGACAUCCUUCACACCUGCAGCACUAGAAAUACUUAACCAAUUUUUUGAGAAGAACACCCACCCUUCAGGAGCUGAGAUGACAGAAUUAGCCGAGCAGUUGAACUACGAAAGGGAAGUAGUUCGAGUGUGGUUCUGUAACAGACGACAAGCCCUGAAAAAUACAAUCAAGAAACUGAAAGGAGGAACUUGAUUUCACUUUGUUCAUUUCUGCCAUCUCAGUAUACCUGUUGUAAAGUUUGUCAGUCAUUUAUUGAAAAUGCUCUGUAUAUUAAAGAACUGGAUGCUCAUUCAGAGGAUAAACUACUUAAUCCAAGGUGGCAUUCUUUUCAUGAUGAAUGCCUCGGUAGCUUAAUUUCUUCCUAAUCACAGGUGUUUAGACUGUGUUGUGGAUCAGCUCAAUUUUAUACUAAAAAACAAAAGAAAUAGAUAUUAUUGUUAAAGUACUGUAAAUAAUAUGCUGAAUGUGUUUUAAGGAGCAUUCACCAAAUCAGUGUAGAAAUACAGAUUUUUUUUUCCUUCAACUACCACAUUACAGUAAACAACAUUAAGGAUCAAGAUUUCUUUUUUUUUUCAUUAGAAGAUUCAGGCAACUAAUGUAAAGGAAACUUUACUCUCAUUAGAAAGGAAGGGCUUAUAUUAGCCUUAUGUUGGAAGGCAUAUUUCAUACAUCUUAACUUGACUUGGUUGCAAAUAUUCUGCAUUUUUUAUAUGUAUAUUAUAUAUGUAUUAAUUUUAACGUUUUAGAUCAUUUGUUUAAAGUAGUAAUCAAAUACACAGAUAAGAAACAGAUAUUAUAUGCUCUUCAGAAAACUUCUAAAAUCAUGUUACUAGUGUUUACAGGGAUUAUUGUAAAUUUCUAAUUUUUAAAAAUGUACAAGUUAAAGGACUCUGUAUUCUUCAUCUAUUCUAUAAAAUUAUUGACCUAGUUUUCAUCUGAUAUACUUAUGUUGCUUUCAUUCAAGUUUUUUCUCCUACUAAUUUACUACACUUUAGAUCACUAAAGUUUCACUUAUUUUAUGUAGAAGCUGCAUCACACUUUUUCAGGGACAUUCUACUUUUAUUUAUAAAUAAUCAUAGUAAAUUAAGCAAAAUAUUACCAUAUCAAUUUCCUACAUCAUUUUACAAUGGGUUGUUUGCUCUUUUUUUAAAUAUAUUUGACCUGUGUUUUUAAUGCUCUCUUUCUAUAGUAUGUUAUAUUCUGUUCUGUGUUGUAGCCCUGAAUCUAUCGGCUGGUCAACUAAUAAAUAUUCUGAAAAAAGGAAGCUUUAUAUGAGAAAUAUUUAGGGUCAGUUCAGUCCUCCUUUUCUACAAAAGUUUUCCAGAGCUUAUUAAGUUUCCAGUCCCCCAAACACUGCUGUACAAGUCAAUUAUCUGUUUGUAGUAAAUGGAAUGAUUUGGUACAAUUCCCCUAACACUGCUGUACAAGACAAUUAUCUAUUAGUAUUAGAGUGAAUAGUUUGAUACAGUUCCCCAAACUCUGCUGUACACAACAAUUAUAUGUUAAUAUUGGCUCGAAUGAUUGAUACAUUUCCUCAAACACUGCUGCACAAGACAAUUAUCUGUUAGUAUUAGGUCGAAUAGUUUGAUACAGUUCCUCAAACACUGCUGUAUAACAAAAUCAUCAGUUAGCAUCAGAUCGAAUUAUUUGAUACAUGUAUUUUAAAAUAAAAUCAUAUUGAUUUCAGUCUUUUUACUUCCUUUGCUAAAGCACACGUGUAGAUCAUUACAUGAUGUAAUACUAUGAGUAGACUAUCACUGCCAUGCAAAAGAGAAUCUUUUGAGCUUGCCACCAUAACUUAUUUCUUUGACAAUAAUACAAACUUCCAACAUUCUGUCUUUGUCAUAAAUAUACCAAGCUUCAUAUAUUUUUAACACAACUACAGUAAAGUAUUUCUCACAAUGUUAUUCAUUAAUUUAGAUAAAGCAAGUAGCCUACCACCUCAUGUACUUUGUAAAAUCCACUCAUACCAUAACCACAGAAGUAUGGAGUGAUUUGUUUCAAUUAAUUGAUACCUUAUAUUUUGCAGCAUAGUUUUAUUAAAUUGUACACUUACUGUACUAGUACCAAGGAUUUAUUCCCUCAAUACUAGUUUCCAAAGUACAAUAAGAACACUCAACUCUAUGAUUAAGACUAAUGUUCUUUUUAUUCUUUCAUGAUUCUGUUGGAAUAAUGUUGCAAGUGUUAUUUUAUGCCCUCUAACACCUGUAUUGAGGAUUUUUAUUUAACAAAGACAUGCCUGAAAUGCCAAAGAACUUUUGAUUUAUAUAGAAAUACUCAUUAAUGUAUCAAUGCAUUAUUUAAGAUUAUGAUUUUUUUCAUCUGUUAUCAGUCAGAUGAUUUUCUUUAAGCUUUCUGCUGUUGAAUUUCAUUUCAAAAAUCUGAUAACAACAAGACUUCUACAAAAGAGCUUUCAAUCGGUUUUCUUUUCUUUUGUUUUACUAUUUUUUUUUUGUAUAUCAAAGUAGGGGGUUUCAAUGAUUUUUAAGUAAUGAAAAAUAACAAAACAAUUCACACAUCAUUGGAUUCCACAAUUACAAAUUAAUAGAUUUACACUGCAAGUUCAAUUAUAUAGUUAAUAAUUAAUGAAAAACAAUUAAAAAUUGUACCUGCAAAUUGACCUUUCACUACACGCUACCUUCCCAUUGGAACAAUGUUAACAAAAUAUCAGUAAUUGAUAUCAAAUUAUCGUUUUACCUGGUAACCUGAUACUGUGAUACACCUGUGUCAAGGCAAGAUGAAAUGUAGUCCCAAUAAAGUCCAUCAAUUUCAAACUCACACAUGUGGAUUCAUAUUAUUUAGAUAGAUGAGAUGAAAAUUGUCAACAACCAAAUAUUAAAAAUGAAGUGUGAGCUUAACUAUGUACCUAUGAGAGUAUAGUAAAGAUUUUGUAAUCGUAUUGAAAUACCGUAAUUGACAGAUAUGUACCAGUAGUAACCUCCACCCAUUCUACGUCAUGUAAUGAUGUAAUUGAUACAUUGUUGAUACCACUUUUAUUACAGGCUAUUGUAGCAGACGUUUUUUUGCUCUUGACACACUCAAUGAUAUAACGUAUAGCAAACUGUUGUUAGGACAACAUUAUGUCUGUUUAUGCCUGAUGAUAUGAUCUAAAACUUGUUACCAAGCCAACAUGUAGACUGUUUACAUUUUCCAUUCAUUAUUUUUUUACAGUUUGAGUUGGGCAGACAUAUCUAUGUAUCAGUUUAUGCAUUAUGUAAUCUGCACCACAUAGUUUAUUGUAUGGCCUUGUUUCUACAGAUUCAAUGGCUAAAAAGAAUUUUAAAUGGUUUUAAAGUUUUGUUUGUUUUCAAAUAGUAAAUGCUUCUAGAUCCAAUGAAACCAGCCAGACCAAAGUAGAGCAUGAAGAAAGCUAUCAUUUGAUGUAUCACUAACUCUUAUUGGUCCAGCCGAUUUGAACCAACACCCUGUUUUUGGUUUUAGUAUUCGCUCGCUGGUUUCUGAUAAAUGGUGGAAGAUGAGUUUAGCGAUCAUCACAGUGUUUUUAAAGCUGAUUUACAACUAGUGGGAGUACAGUUGCCUUGAAAUAAAUCAUGCAAAUUCAGCAUUAUCAUUUGUUUGUUUUUUUUGGUGUACAGUAAUUAGUAUUUUGUUUAUGUGAGAUUUAUAUAUUCACAACUGAGAUUUUGCAUUCACACACUUCCAUGGCCAGGAACUAUAGUUCUCUGGGACCCCCUAAUUGAUGAAGCACAUGCAAGUUUUUUGCCUGAAAAAUCACUUUUGUGAUGUACAAUUGCACUAAUCGUAUAAUGGUAGAUUUUUGGGUAUUUCUUCAAUAACAAGUAUAAACAUCCUUUACUAAUAUGUUUGGAUCUGUAUAAUUGAAUUUUUGGUAUUUUUUCUUGUACUGAUUUGAUUAUGAAGGAAUAAGAAUACCCUUCCACUGAAAGAAUAACAGUCUAACCUCUAGCUAAUGAUAAAAAACAAUCAUAUCCUUUAGUACACAGCACGAAAGCAGAUUUCAAUCUACCAAACAUAACCUUUGUGCCUCAUUAAUGUUAACUGUAAUGUGUAUGAUCACAUCAAAUAUAUUAACAAAAAAAGUGCGAGCAACCCUACCAAUAUUGUAUUUCCACAAUAUGGCACUUGAGUGAUAUUUUAGUUACUGUUAUGAAAAUGCUCACAUCUUUAUAUAAUAUUGCCGUUAUUUUUAUUUUACUUUUAGUGGACUAAAAUGUGCCAUUGUUGUUUUAGUCUUCAGGGAUAUUUGUCAAUAUUUUGAUAGCAACAACUUUAAGCUACAAUUUGUUAAGAUUGUAUGCAUUGAAAGGAACUGAAAAUGUUUUGUUAGAUCUGAAAGUUAAGGGAAAAUGUGUUAUGCAAAUUAUACAUCUAUAUCAUAUAUUUGUUUUUUAAUGUGUUACAAUUAUAAGAAAUUUUUAAGUUUAUUAGUUUUUGUUCAUUUCAGUUUCAUUGGUUUUAAUAGGAAAGCCUUACUGUUAUACUCAUUUUAUAUUGCUCUGUCUGUGAACACAGUAGUCAGUUGUAAUCACCAUUUCAUGAAACAAAAUAAAAUCAAUAAUUUUUCAGGUUUGCAUGUGUUCAACCCAUUGACAUAAUAACUUAAUAAAAUACCAGAAAAACAUUGUUUGUGUAAAAUAGGCAGAAGUUGUCUCACAGUCUUUAGCUUAUUAAACAAAUGAUAUUUCUUGUCUUUAAUAGAUGCUUUUUUAAUUGACUGAAAAUAUUUUUUGAAAAAAUAACUAGACCACAGUAAUCCUAAAAUAAAGAGAGCAACAAGCAAAGUGCAGAACUUCUGUCUUAUAUGAUCUUAAUGUUUCAAAAUUACUAGUCAUAUAUUCUUGAGCAUUCCACAUAUAUUUGGUUGAAUUAUAUAUUUCUUAAAGAUGUAAAGUAGCUUUUAAAUUUUUGUGUGCUAUGUAUAAAUGAUUCUACAUUUUUGUAUUCAUUUUAAUGUGCUUUCUUUAACGUUUAAUAUGCCCAUGACAGAUUAUUAAUGUCUUUUUUUUCUGCUUUAUUUUGUGCAAAUUGUUUAGAACAAUUUGCAUUCACUAAUAGGCAAACAUGAGAUAAAAAAUUGGUCUGCUGCCUUCAUUAGUAGAAACAGAAUAUAUUUUUGCAUAAUAAAUCAUUACCAUACUGAA